AGGGGGGAGGAAAGGAGGGAAAGGUAGAAAGAGGGAGAGAGAGAGGCAGACAGAGAGAAACUAGAGAGAGUAAUGAUCGUGACGACGGUCGUGCGGACAAAUGAACACCUCGGCACAGCGUUUGGGAUAUUCCAAAGAUGUAAGGAAUGAUCACGUGGAUGAUGGUCGGGCUGCUUCUGGCUGCGGAAACUUGCGGCAGAAACGUCCUCUCCGGAAACGAAAACGGAAACGGAAAGGAGGAGGAGGAGGCGAAGCGGCGGGAGGAUCUGAAGGGCGUCAGCGCGGACGAGGAAGACAUCUAUCGUCUAACGUGCUACACUUGCGUCAACGUCAGCGAUAACCAGAUGUGCAACGAAUGGGCGAUAGACACACCGUGUCCGGUGGGCGGCCGUGAUUUUUGUCGAUCGCUGCACAUUUUGGAUAGCCGGGGAAAAAGCGUCUUGGUAAGGAAGAGUUGCGCCAGCAGCGAGGAAUGCGGGUCAGCGUCUGUCGGUUGCAUUCCCAUGGACACGCAGCAGAUUUGCAUAAGUUGCUGCGACCUGAGCUACUGCAAUAUCGAGUCGCCCACCAACGCCACCAAUGCGAUCUAUUCCCACAAACGACGCGCCAAGUCGAAAUCGAAGCGCAAACGGCCUGGCAGAAACGGGGUCGAUGCGGCGACGCGGCUCUACGGAUCCAGCUUGCUCUGGCUUCCUGCCUCGCUCUUCUAUGCAUAUCAUUGCUGAGGAAGCAGUAACACUACUAACCGCACACGCGAGGCGGACAGCGCGGAAAUUGCGCGCGGGUCGCACGCUCGCGACGGUAUCGCCGCGCCGAACGGCGUCAACUCUCGCCGAUCUCUCUCGAUCGAACGUUCUUUUCUCUGUGACUCUUCUCCUUUUCUUCAAGUAGUACUCGCCUAAAUAAUCGACACCGCCGUCUAAUUCCGACCAAGCUCUCUGACGAAACUUGUGCGGAAUCUAUAAACUUCCUCCCGUGUGCUCGGAUUUUUCCGCGCCGAGCUGAUCUCGCGGGGCGACUUAUCGUCCAAUGAUUUGGAGAGAAAACGCUAUUCUUCUAUUUUUCGUACUUCUCGUUUGGCAUCUUCGUCAGCGUUAUCUUUAAUGGAAAUCGCAAAUUUUGACAUACGUCGUAUACGUCGAUUCAACUCGUGCUACGAGCACGGCAGAGAAACGAGAUGUUCGUUUCGGGAAUAAAGCGUCCGUAAGGAAUUGUUUGGGAGUAGUUCCAGAAGAGAUUGAGAGGGACGAGAUCCGUAGAAAGAGCGGUCGAGGAACUUGGCGCCUUUCCGCGCUGUCCGAAACGUUUAUUAAUCGGGGACUUUCCGAACUAAUCGGGUCCCCCGUGAUGGCAAAAGGAAUUGUUUUCUCGUCGUAGUAUCGGUAGUUGCUAUUGCCUCGAAGUAGAUGGAACUUAAGGCACAAGGAGUACGCGGUCGAAGGAGACUUGAGGAAAAUCGAUAGAUCCGAAUUCGUUUCCGGCAAGACGACAAUCUAGACACUGUGCAAUAAAGUCGACUACUAAUCACACGAACAUGUGCUUUAUCACGACGAUCUAUAAAAUAUAUCCUCUCUGCUUACUCAAUGCUCUUUCACAAAAUCAAAAACCAAAUAAGCUACAUGAUUCAAAGUAAUUAAUUUAGAGAGUAUAAAUAAAAUUAAGCAUAAACACAGUAUAUCAAGAUAUAAAAAAAAAUUAAUUAAACCGAUCUCUCUCGUGAUAUCGAAAUAUUUGGCGUACAUACAUUUCAUUUAAUUCGAUGGAAAAUCGAACGGAUAAAAUUACUUUAUAUCAUGUGUGACUGGCGGUUAAUAUGUUGAGCGUGGAAUGUUUGUUGCAAUUAAGGGCAUAAUUGAUCAAAGUAACCGUUAAAAUUCGCUGCAUCGAAACUUUCGGUAUAAAUUUACUAACGCUGCGGUGAACGUGUAGCACCGCAGUUUGUAAGUGAUGCACCAGAAGCGAAUUCGAAUUAUCGACAAAAAUUAUCCACACAUCUACAAAACUUGCCUACUACAGACUCUUUAACGCUACUAUAUGAUUAACGACUACAUAAAUAUAUUACGAUAUAGAUACUAUACAUUGUUUCGGCAUGUAAGAAUACUGUUGGUAAUGAAAUAAAGAAAAUUAUACUUGUCACGUC